AACCACCCCAGACAUUGCUAUCCAGAGGUCAACGCAGGAUAAGACUCCAUGGUAUCUCUUCCAGCAUGGUACAGAACACCCAUGACCCAAGUCGUCCUCGUCGGGAUUGUGUGUUUUGCAACCGUCGGCAUGUUCAGCGCCGUCUCCAACUUGGGCGCAGGAGGCUUGAGCGAUGUUGCACUCUCCGACACUGCUAACGGCGUCCUUUACGGCUGCUUCACUUUAACUGGUUUUGUUGCUGGUGGUAUCAAUAACGUGCUUGGCCCUCGUCUGACACUUUUCCUUGGUUCUUUGGGAUAUGCUCUAUACGUCGGUGCACUCUGGUGCUAUCAGACUCAGAAGUCGGCUUGGUUCCUUAUUUUCGCUGGCGCCAUCCUCGGUAUCUCCGCGGCCCUUCUCUGGGCCGCCCAAGGAGCAAUCAUGAUGUCCUACCCCUUGAAAGGGAUAAGGGCAAGGCCUUCGUUCGGUGCCCUCAUCGGCUCCGUCAUUGCCCUUGCGAUCAACCUCAGGCAAGGUGGUCUCAGUGCUGUCUCAACUAGCACGUACAUCGCCUUUUUGGCUAUCAUUUUCCUGGGAGUUGCCUGUACUUGGCUCCUCCUUCCCCCAAACAUGAUCGUUCGCGGCGACGGAAGUGUAGUCCAGGUCCAAUCCGCGUCCAAUCCCAAACAGGAAGUCACUAACUUCCUCAAUCUCUUGAAAGAUUGGAGAAUGUUGGCUUUACUUCCAAUGUCCUUCGCUUCAAACUACUUCUACGCUUACCAGGGCGCGGUGAACGCGUUCUACUUCGACUCUACAACUCGGGCCUUGAACGCCACACUUGAGGGUGCCGGUGCGAUCGUUGGCGCUCUCUUCGUUGGCUUCUUCGUCCUUGACGGUUCAUUGCUCAAAAUCACGAGAAGGACCCGCGGUAUUCUUGGUUUGACCUUUGUCGCCAUGAUUGUAAUCGCCGUAUGGUCCUGUAGUCUCGCAUGGCAAAUCACGUUCACUCGCAAAUCGCAUCAUAUCCGCAUGAACUAUAAGGACAGCGGCUAUGCAUCUAAAGCAGCGUUAUUUUUCUUCUAUUACUUUGGUGAUGCCUCAUAUCAAGCUUUGGCAUAUUGGAUCAUGGGUGCAAUUUCCAACGAUCCUUUCACCCUCGCUCGCUUUGCUGGAUUCUACAAGGCUAUCCAGUCGGCCGGUGGAGCAGGCUCUUUCGGAAUGGAUGCCGUUGCCACACCAUUCCUUAAUGAGCACCUGGCGAGUUGGCUUCUCAUGUUGGCAGGUUUUCCGGGGGCUUUGGCGGUAAUUCGGGCAGUCAAAGAGACUACAUAUGACGUGGAAGGCGUAGUAUACGCUGAUGAUCUGAACAAAGACCCGGUGGUAGCAAAUGGUGUAGAGAGUCCGAGCCUGGAGAAAGUGUAGAAACCGAUCCUCAACCGAGUGCCCCAGCCCACCCCCCCCCUCUCUAAUUCUUCCAUGCCUUGAGUCGCUUUUCCCAGCGACCAAUGUGUACGAAAUUCUACGAAUAGGCUUUUUGGUUACGUUCCUGUGAUAUGGUGAUUUUCUUCUUCUUGGUUGUCAAUUGUAGAAAUAUUUUCCUGGAUGUAGUGUUUGGUGAACGGCACACUCAAUCUAUGGUUAGGCA